AUGUACAUCACUCCUAAACAGUAUUUCCUGAUUCUAACCAAAAUCAAAAAAUGCAAUGAUGUUGCUUGUGCGAUGAAAGAAUUCGCGAAGGGGACGAAGUCUUUUGGUGAUAUACUGCAAACCCUAGAGGACAAACUUCUUCCAGAACAUCCAGAAGCCUUCCUUGGGGCUUGCUGUAUUAUCGAGAAACCUGAGCAGAAACAGCUACUGGUACAACGUGCUUUAACCCUGAAACUAAGCUUAUGA